CACAUCUUAGACCUCUGUGAAGUUUGAACUAUUCUUCUACAUCAACCAGUCCAUCAUAGCACCAUGACCUCUCAACCAGAACCCGAAAACAGCAAAAACAAAUCCACCUCUCAGCCCGAGCAAGAGCAUGAACAUAAUAAACAUGAACAAACAAGCGGACACUUCCAAAUCCACUACUUCGCAGCCGCGUCCGAUUACGUUGGCAAACCAAGCGAAUCCCUCCCCGCCCCUCUCACCUUGUCACAGCUCUUCCCUGUCCUCGAGACUAAAUACCCCGGCAUCCGGGAGAAGGUGUUGAAGAGCUGUGGGGUCAGUGUAGGGUUUGAAUAUGUUGAUGUUGAGGAUGACGGGGGGCGUGUUGUUAUUGGGAUUGGGGAGGAGGUGGCUAUUAUUCCACCUGUUAGUUCGGGGUGAUCUUUUUCUCUCUUAUUUCUUUUAUCUGGGGUGCUUUUUGGUUGGUUUAAAUAUGGAUGGGUUAUGUGUAUUGGUGUUUCUUGGGGGCGUUGGAUCCAACGAAGCGUGUGGAUCAGAUUAUUGCUUUAUCAAACAAGAAGGAAAGCAAGCAAUGUAGAAAGCGGAAAGCAGAAAGCCGACAGCACGAACAGAAGACAAGACAACAAAAGCCAAAUCGAAUACU